AUGGUGGCGACAACAGACUGCGCAGAGAGGUCCAAAACCAGCGGAUGCAGUAAGGUCUCCAAACCACUGAUGGAGAAGAAACGAAGGGCUCGCAUCAACAAGUGUUUGGACCAGUUACAAACUCUUCUGGAAAGCUUCUACAGCAGCAGUAUUCGAAAGCGCAAGCUGGAGAAGGCUGACAUCUUAGAGCUCACAGUGAAACAUCUCAGGAACCUUCAAAAAGUCCAGAGCUGCACUGCCUUUGCCUCCGACUUUUCUGAUUACCAAGCGGGAUUCCGUAGCUGCAUGGAAAACGUCAAUCAGUAUCUAAUGAUGGCGGACAACCUACAUGGGAACGACCGCUGGAUGUUAUCACAGCUCACUGGUAAAGUGUGCCGCUCCGGAGCACGAGAGGAAGUGUUCAGCACCAAGGACAGCGGCACGUGGCAGGCCGAGCCACUUCUUCCAUCUGCAGCAGCACCUGAGGACAUAAAAGCGGCCACAUGUAGAGCUCUGAAACACUACAGCGAAACCAAGUCUUCAUAUUUACCGAGCAGGGACGCUCAGCAGCAGCCAUGUGUAACCAAACAGGAAGCCUCUGUAACUGCUCCCGCGCAAAACACUCAUGAAAACAGUCACAAAAAACUCUCCUCUGUCAGUCACAGGAAUGAAGCUGCAAACACUCAGGAAAACGUCUGGCGGCCUUGGUAG